AUGCAACUGAGCUCCAUUCUGUUAAAUCUCAAAGACAAAUCUCUAGGAGCCAUAGAGAAACGCAGCAAGUCUGUGCUUCUUGGCCAGACGUUGGCCGCCUAUUUCUUCCAGCAGCCCAUGGAUCAGGUGAUCGUUUCUGGACAGUCGGUGACGCUGGCCUGCGUGGUGAUGGGCUACCGUGGCAUGGUGCAGUGGACCAAGGACGGGCUGGCUUUGGGCGGAGAAAGAGACCUGCCUGGCUGGUCCCGUUACUCCAUUGUCGGUGAUGCUUCUGCUGGACAGCACAACUUGCGCAUCGACUACGCCGAGCUGGAUGACGAUGCAGUCUACGAAUGCCAAGCCACGCAAGCGGCUCUGAGAUCUCAGCGCGCAAAGCUCACCGUCCUGAUCCCUCCCAACGAUCCUGAGAUCCAGAAUGGCCCGAUUGUGCACGUGAUCUCCAACGUCCCCUACAACCUGUCCUGCCGGGCCGCCGGGGCCAAGCCUGCCGCUGAGAUCAGCUGGUACCGUGAUGGACAGCGGCAGGAUUCAGCGGUGUAUUCCAAGGCGCUGAUGGAGGACGGCAAACGGGAGGUGGCGGUCAGCACUCUCCUCUUGACCCCCAGCAGUCGGGAUAUGGGCAGCAGCUUCACCUGCCGGGUCAGCAAUCCAGCAGCACCUGCGGGGAAGCAGACGACCGUCACCCUCAAUGUCCAGUACCCGCCUGUUGUCAUCCUAUCGGUCCAGCCGCAAACCGUACCUGAAGGUGGCAAGGUCAGCUUCCUCUGCACAGCCACCUCCAACCCCGAAGUGACAGGCUACAGGUGGGCAAAAGGUGGUGUUCCCGUUCCCGAAGCCAACGGUGACAGUUAUGAAGCGACAGUCGACCAGUCCUUCUUCACCGAACCCGUGUCGUGCGAGGUGUCGAAUGCUGUGGGGAGCACCAAUGUCAGCACGCUGGUGGACGUGCAUUUUGGACCCCGUCUCAUAUCUCAACCCAAGCCCCUGACUGUCGACAUUGGUGCCGAUGCCUCAUUCACUUGCACCUGGUUUGGGAACCCACCCCUCACCCUGGCCUGGACCAAGAAGGGAUCUAGUGUGGUGCUGAGCAAUGGAAACACCCUGCACCUGAAGGCGGUGACGCAGGAGGACGCCGGCAUCUACGUGUGCAAAGCGAUCGUGCCACGCAUUGGGGUUGCGGAGAAGGAGGUGACGCUCGCGGUGAAUGGCCCGCCAGUUAUCAGCGCGGAACCGAGCCAGCAGACCACGGUGGGAGCCAAAGCUCGGCUGGAGUGCUUGGUGGGGAGCAUCCCGCCCCCUGACAGGAUCGCCUGGGCGUGGGGGGAACGGGUGCUGGAUUCUGGCUCGCUGGAUCGCUUUACAGUGGACACUGUUGUGACAGAACAAGGCGUCCUCUCGGCUCUGCUGAUAGACCCGACCCACGACUCCGAUUUUGCCCUUCCCUACAACUGCACGGCUUGGAACCGCUUCGGCGUACGGUCGGCUGCUGUCAGCCUGCGCCGCCAAGAAGUCCUGUCAGUCCUCAUCUUGGGGGUUUUGGCGUCCUCUGGCGUCCUCGGCCUUCUGCUUCUGGUGGUAACCGUCUCUCUCUGCUACCGGCGCAAGCGCUGUGGGAAAGCCAAGCGGGGAACGCAGCUCUCCAAGGCCGACAUCCUGGUGCAGAUCACGACCAGCGAGAGCAGCCCCAGCCGGCCGAGCGAGACGGAAGAUGACAGCAAAGAGCCCAUGGCCACUAGCAGCGAAUCUCCAGCAACAUCUCACACAGAGCACAGUGAAAUCCUGGAAGAUGAUGAAGGGAGCCAGGAGCUGAAGGAUCCUACUAAUGGAUACUAUAAAGUCCGCGCACACGAGGAGCCGUGCUUGGGGAGCAGCUUCUCAGAAUACACACCAGCCCCCCGCCCUCUGUUUGGGGCCUCUUCUUUGUACCCUUCAGCUGGGCCGGUACAACCAAAGCUGUAUGAAUACGCUCACCACUACACCUUGGGCACACCUGGCUCCCGCUCAGCCUAUGACCCCCACGAACGACUCUUCCCUCAGGAAAAUAUGUACAGUGGGAGCACCUACCUCACCGCCCCCUACAGCCGGGCCUUCACGAGUUACGUCAAGCCCAGCAACUACGAGAAGGCCGAGAGCGGGUACGAGCCGUCGGACCAGGCCAGCAAGGCCUCGGGCUGUUCGCGCUUCUCAUAUACCUCCUUGUGUCAGCAGUCUGACUACGGGCGCCCUUCCCACCAGCGCAUGCAGACCCACGUAUGA